UAAAGAUAUGUCUGUUUAGGUGAGACAGACUUUCUCUUACGUAAUAAAAUGGGGGACAUCAAACACGCCAAGAAAUUAAGCUCGACGACGGACGAGUUACGGGUAGUGGACGGGAGCAGUUCGUCCGGUACACUGUGUUGUUUGAGGGCUACAAUAUGGACGCUGUCUCUGUUCACAGUCGUUGGGGCAUUUGUGCUGAUGAAUUAUCUACAAUAUGAUCAAAUAUUGAGGUUAAAACAGAGAGUGGAAUAUUUAGAAAACAGCGCACUUCUGUUCGAUGAACCCAUCAGUGUAUCCCAUAAAGAAAAAAGAGACUCCGAUGGACCUUUCGCCAUACUGACAAAUAUUGUUGAUGACUUAGUACGCCAGGAGGUAAAGAGAGCCCACGAACUGUGCAAGUGUCCAGGUGAUGUCAGAGAAGCAAAGCAAGGUUGUGGUGAAAGUCUAUCGAAACGACAACUUGUAUCGGGACAACAGUGUUGCACUGCUUUAGCUAAACCAUCUUAUCGCGGUAACUCCACGGAGAUUGUUACCUCAUAUCUUGGACAAGAAGUGCUUUUACCAUGUAAUGCCACCGGAUACCCGCCGCCGACGGUGUCAUUCACUCCCUCGGUAGACCCGACCGGAAAGAGCAGAUAUAGACCAACACCUGGAGGCAUGCUGAUACAAAAUGUUCAGUUUUCAGACGGCGGAAGAUAUUACUGUAAAGUUGAGAACGCCCUUGGAGUACAGAAUAAAAUUAUAGAACUUCGAGUUACAGAUCCUGUCGUUGCCACAACCACGCCAACUAGUGUAACUGUAAACGAGGGCAGUUCUAUACGUAUACAGUGUGACGUGACCGGAAAUCCUACACCUGUAGUCACGUGGCAACAUCAAAGACUUGACGGCGUGACUGUGCCAGUGAUAGCCACCCCACAAACAAUUAUCACUGGAAACACAAUCACGAUCAACAAUGCUUUAGCUUCCAAUGCAGGAAGCUACAUUUGUCUAGCACAAAACCAGUUUGAGAAAGAUCAGGCUUCAACGACUGUCAACGUGAUUGGAAAACCCCAGAUUGUUCAGCCACCGAAGACUCAAACGGUGCUUCAAGGUUCUACUGUAAGACUCUACUGCUCCGUUGCAUCUAACCCACCGGCCACAAUCACGUGGACAUACCCUUUGACUGGCAGCAAACCACCACUGAAUGCCUACGUAAAUCCUGAUAAUUCUGUUACCCUGUCAAAUGUUGACAAGUAUAACAAUGGAAACUACCAGUGCGCGGCUAGUAACUCUUACGGUACAUCGUAUGCACAGUCGAGCCUCGUUGUCGAAAAGAAGGUAUCAGUGGCAACCACGCCGCAUUUGCAGCCAAUGACCGGUUCAGAACCUAUCCUCAACUUCCAGUGUUCGGUUGACGGCAUUCCUAAACCGACAACCACGUGGUCAAAAGUUGGAGCCGCCCCAUUAGCUGGUAACAGCAAAUAUCUUGCAUUGUCUGGCGGCAAUCUUAUUAUUAGCGGCCCUAGCCUGGCCACUGAUACCGGUAUCUUUGAGUGUUUUGGUACAAACAGAAAUGGUAAUGCAACUGAUAGCGUUAUAGUUUACAGAGCUCUUGGUCAAAUAAAGUGUACAGAUACAUUUGCAAGUGUGGGCUGUACGAUGGGUCAAACAUGCGGGGGACAUUGUCCAAACAACUGUAACUUUCAAGGUCAAAAUGUGUACGGAUACAAAACAUAUGCAAUGGACUCUGCAAUAUGUAUGGCUGCCACACACAGUGGGAGUCUACCUAACCCAAACAAUGACCCGGUCAUUUGGAAACAUGUAGCCAGUGGGAUUUUCAGCGGGGUCUCCAACAAUGGCAUAACAAGUCAAUCGCACGCCUCAUCCGAUGCGAGUCAAAUUAUUCAACCCUCUACCGGAAGGUCAUCUGCAGGAAACUCUCUGAUUGGUUAAUUGUUGUUCUUUACCUCAUUAAAAAAUUGUUUUUUUAGCAGCGUGUAAUUCGCUACUAUGUACCUCUUU